AUCACUGUUUGUCUGCUCCCUGAUACUGCCCUGGGUGAAUUUUGCAUUUCACCACUCAUUUCACAAAGCUUCGAGACUGCUGAUUGGCCGCUCCAAAUCAGCCAGUUCUAGAUCGAAGCACCAACCAUUUGCAGUUGAGCAAUGAACACAGAAGAAGGGGAGGCAAGAGACACAAAUUAUAUAAACUUGGAUGAAUUUCACAUUUCCAAAGAGUUGGGAUUUGUUUUACCGAAUCCAUUGUCUGAUCUGCCAAAAAUGUACCAACCGUGGAUGGAUAUCGCAAACAACUUAACCCAUUUGAUUGAACGUCAUCAGCUUCGUUGUGAAGUCAAUAAUAUGCAACUCCUGACCACAGACUUUCUCAGCGGGUAUAAACAGCUACGGUUGGCACACCUGGCACUCAGCUUUAUUACGAUGGGCUAUGUGUGGCAGGAGGGAGAACACAACAUUGCAAAGGUACUGCCCAAGAGUCUUGCAGUGCCAUACUGUGAAGUAUCCAAAAUCCUUGGGCUACCACCUAUCUUAGUUCAUGCAGACUGUGUUUUAACAAAUUGGAAGAAAAAAGACAGCAAUGGGACAAUGGAGCUGAGAAAUUUGGACAUUAUCUUCAAAUUGCCAGGAGGAGACAGCGUCAGAGGAUUCUUCCUGGUGACACUCGAUGUGGAACUGGCAGCAGUACAAGGCAUCAAGGCUAUUUCCAUUGCAACUGAAGCAAUACUGAAAUAUGAUGAUGAUGCAAUUAAAAACGCUUUGCACGAUAUCGCUGAAUCAAUUAGGAAGAUGAAUCAAUCUUUGAAGAAGAUGGAUAAGCACGUGGAUCCUGAAACUUUUUAUGGAAUAAUUCGACUCUUUCUUUCUGGAUGGAUGGAUAAUCCAGCCUUUCCGGAAGGCUUAUUGUAUGAAGGAGUGUGGGAUAAACCUAGGCUUUUCUCAGGUGGGAGUGCCGCACAAAGUUCCACUUUGCAGUCCUUUGAUGCGUUUUUGAGAAUACAUCAUGAGGAAGAGAGCGCUGAAUUCCUGCACCGGAUGAGGGAUUACAUGCCUCCUUCCCACAAGGCUUUUAUCCAAGCAAUCGCCUCCGGACCGUCUGUGCGAGAGUACAUCAUACUCGGCAGAAACCCUGCUCUCCGUGAGCUGUACAAUGAUUGCAUAGCUGCGCUUGUUGAUCUGAGGAACUAUCACAUCACAGUCGUCACUCGGUAUAUCACGAUAACUGCAGUCAAAGCAAAAGCAGAGAAAGCCAGGCUAAAUAGCUCAGCAAUUUUUUUACAGAAAGCUCCAGCGGCCUUAGCGGAAAGGGGAACGGGUGGAUCAGGAAUCAUGUGUUUGCUUAAAAGUGUCCGAGAUACGACUAAGAAAGUAAUGAUCAAUAACAUUUGAUGCCAUCAACAGAGAUUAACUCAUUUAUUGUGUUAAAAUAGCUAACUAAUAUAUAAUUCUUUAGGAAGCUAGGCAGCUUAUUUAUUGGUUAAAUGGGAAGUAACAGUGAAAUCUUCAAAUAUCAUCAGCAAUCAUUGACAUUUUCACUUUAGUAGCAACACUGACAUUAACUACUUCUAAAAUUUCUUGCUUGGCACGUGGGUGUUGCUGGCAAGGCCCGCAUUUGUUGCUCUGUCCCUAAUCAGCAUGUUACAAUCGCAUAAAGCAUCAAAACAAGCAUUGAGCUGAACAUUGAAUUGGUAACAGAGGUUCAAUAGCUUUCACGUUGACAUAAUCAAAUGUAGUUAAAAUAAUUCUGUUUCUUCACGUUAUUUCAGGAAGGAUGUAAAAUCAUAAGACCUAGGAGCAGAGGUAGGUCAUUCAAUCCAUUGAAUCCACUCCACCAUUACUGAUCUGACAAUCCUCAACUCCACGCAUCUCCUGUAUCCCAUAACCUGGAUUCCCUUAAUGAUUAGAAAUAUGUCUUCUCAGCCUUGAACAUACGUAAUGACCCAACCUCAACAGCUUUCUGUUGAGAGAUCCUCAGAUUCACCACCCUCAGAGAAAAAAAUUCUUAUCUCUGUCUUAAACAGGCAACUCCUUACUUUGAGAUGAUACACUUUGGUCCUAGAUUCUCUCAGAAGGGGAAAUAACCUCUCUGCAUCAACACAAUGAUAGAAUUGUAGGGGUUUACAGCAUGGAAACAGGCCACUUGACCUAACUUGUCCAGGCCAUCCAGUUUUGACAAUUAAUCUAGUCCUAUUUGCCUGCAUUUAGUCCAUAUCCCUCCAUACCUACCCAAUCCAUAUACCUGGCCAAAUGUUCCUUUAAAUGACAAAAUUGUACUCCCCUCCAUCAAUUCUUCAAGCAGACUGGUCCACUCGCCACCCUCUGUUUGAAAAAUUGUCUCUCUUUACCCUUUUGUAUCUCUCCCUUCUCAUCUUAAACCUAUGCCUCCUUCUUUUGCCCCCCCCGACCAUGGGGAAAAGCUGUUGGCCAUCUACCUUUAUCUAUGUCUUUCGUGAUUUUAUCGACCUCUAUAAGGUCAGCCUCAAUCUCCAACACUCCAGGGAAAAUAGCCUCAGCCUAUUCAGCCUCUCCUUAUAACUCAAACCUUCCAGGUAGCAUCCUAGGACUAAGGGACAAAACACAGAUUUAAGAGAGGUACAGAGAUAGUAGGAACUGCAGAUGCUGGAGAAUCCGAGACAACAAGGUG